CACCCAAGCGCAUCCAAACUCAAGAUAACAAGUAAAACACUAGACGCUGUUGACAAAUUCUUUAUUUUAAAUUCUUACUUGUUAGGAUGAUACAGUUUUUUUUUCAGAUGAUACAGUUAUUUCACUACAGGACUGCCUAUAGACCGACUUCUGUGGUACUUUAAUCUAAAGUUUUUUUUUUUUUUUUUUUUGUAUGUUGGAAUAAUUACCUUUUACCACCCUGCUGUUUGUUUGUUUAUUAUCUUUUGCUUUAUUGCUAAACUGUAGCCUAUUUUAAAUUUAAAAAGCAAAAUAACUUCAGUACCACGGACAGCGGUAGUGACUUAUUUUUCUUGUCAUUAUUCGUAAAUUUGCUGGAAUACACAACACACAACUUUUUUUUUUCUAUUUCGUAAUUAUUACGUAGAUGUGAAGGUUUAGAUGUGAAUUUAAGAAGACGGUGAUAAGUUUAGUUCACUUUCUCUUUUAUAGAAAAGUGUAUGAAGUAACAUCUUAUUGUUUCAUCACUAUUACAACACGUGGUGGCACUGCAGACCAUGACUUUGAGAGUCAUCUGAGCUCCUCCUUUACAGCAACAGAACAUGCGUUGAAAGGGUGCAAAUAACCAAAGCUUAUAGUAGCUUCUGCGUCGGGAUUUCGGGUUGUAUCGAGAGAGGUCUGUUUAGUUGUUUUAAUCGCUUUUACACGAAAUAAAUCGCACGACAUUUUCUUGCACAAUCAUGGAUGUCACAGAAUCUUAUGGCUUCUGGAUCGUUUUAUUUCUGUCUUUAUGGAAAUCUUCGCUUGGCCAGAUUGUCUAUUCCGUCUCCGAGGAGGUAAAUAAAGGAACCGUGAUCGGGAAUAUAGCAAAAGAGCUCAAGAUCAGUGUUCAGGAACUAGAAUCUCGCAUGUUUCAGAUUAUGCCUGGAUCAAAUGCAAAGUAUUUUGAUGUAAAUGUGAAAACGGGGUCGCUGUUUGUCAAAGACAGGAUUGAUCGUGAGGAUUUGUGUGGCAAUAAUCAGAAAUGUACAUUGAAUUUAGAGGCUCUUGCUCAGAAUCCUCACAGACUUUAUCGGCUUGAAAUUAUAAUUGUGGAUGUGAACGACAAUGCUCCGUUUUUUCCUGACAGCACAUAUGCUGUAAAUGUUACUGAGGAUGCAAAUGAAGGAGAAAGAUUUCCUCUUCCAAUAGCAAAAGAUUCAGAUGUCGGCAGUAAUUCUCUGAAAGAUUACAAACUCAGUUCAAAUGAAUAUUUUUCUUUAGAUGUUCAUAGCGGGCAACAGAGUAUAUCUGCUGAGUUAGUACUACAGAAAGCUUUAGACAGAGAGAAACAAUCUGUUAUUCACUUAAUACUAACUUUUAAAAGUGUAUGA